GAAGCCCUGCUGGAGUGCCAGACCUAACGGGGGCCGUCUGCCCGACUGCGCCAGACUCCGGCAGCGGGACCCCCGAUGGCAGUGGGCACCUCCCCGUGAAACCUGCCAAGCUGGACGCCACAGCUCUGCACGACGACACUUCGGCCCACUCUGUGCCCUCCUCGGAGGUGUGCAGCCAUGCAGUCCUAGCCUGCAGCCCGGGCAUCCCUGAGGAGCACUAUGUGAGCGAGGCUGUGGAAGAUGCUCCCAGCUGCAGAGGGUACCGGGAUGCCUGUACCAUCACAGACGUGUGCAACAGCACCGACCUUCCGGAAGUCGAGAUCAUCAGCCUGCUGGAGGAGCAGCUGCCCCAUUAUAAGUUAAGAGCUGAUACCAUCUAUGGUUAUGACCACGACGACUGGCUCCACACGCCCCUCAUUUCUCCAGAUGCCAGCAUCGACCUCACAACCGAGCAGAUCGAGGAGACGCUGAAGUACUUCCUUUUAUGUGCUGAAAGAGUUGGCCAGAUGACUAAGACAUAUAAUGACAUUGAUGCUGUUACUCGGCUUCUUGAGGAGAAAGAGCGGGAUUUAGAAUUGGCUGCCCGGAUUGGCCAGUCGUUGCUGAAGAAGAACAAGACCCUCACCGAGAGGAACGAGCUUCUGGAGGAGCAGGUGGAGCACAUCAGGGAGGAGGUGUCUCAGCUCCGGCAUGAGCUGUCCAUGAAGGAUGAGCUGCUGCAGUUCUACACCAGCGCCGCAGAGGAGAGCGAGCCCGAGUCCGCCUGCUCCACCCCGUUGAAGAGGAAUGAGUCAUCUUCCUCCGUCCAGAAUUACUUUCAUCUGGAUUCUCUUCACAAGAAGCUGAAGGACCUCGAAGAGGAGAACGUCGUACUUCGAUCCGAGGCCUGCCAGCUGAAGACGGAGACCAUCACCUACGAAGAGAAGGAGCAGCAGCUGGUCAACGACUGCGUGAAAGAGCUGAGGGAUGCCAACGUGCAGAUUGCUAGUAUCUCUGAGGAACUGGCCAAGAAGACGGAAGAUGCCGCCCGCCAGCAGGAGGAAAUCACGCACCUGCUGUCGCAAAUAGUUGAUCUGCAGAAGAAGGCCAAAGCUUGCGCAGUGGAAAAUGAAGAACUCGUCCAGCACCUGGGGGCGGCCAAGGAUGCCCAGCGGCAGCUCACGGCCGAGCUGCGCGAGCUGGAGGACAAGUACGCAGAGUGCAUGGAGAUGCUGCACGAGGCGCAAGAGGAGCUCAAGAACCUGCGGAACAAGGCCAUGCCCAACACCACGUCGCGGCGCUACCACUCGCUGGGCCUGUUUCCCAUGGACUCCUUGGCAGCCGAGAUCGAGGGGACGAUGCGGAAGGAGCUGCAGUUGGAAGAACCCGAGUCACCAGACAUCGCCCACCAAAAGCGAGUCUUUGAGACUGUGAGAAACAUCAACCAGGUUGUCAAGCAGAGGUCUCUGACACCCUCCCCCAUGAACAUCCCUGGCUCCAAUCAGUCCUCGGCCAUGAACUCCCUCCUCUCCAGCUGUGUCAGCACCCCCCGGUCCAGCUUCUAUGGCAGUGACGUAGGCAAUGUCGUCCUGGACAACAAGACCAACAGCAUCAUCCUGGAAGCAGAGUCGGCCAACAUGGGAAACAACGAGCAGAGUAAGAAGCCUGGGACACCAGGCACCCCAGGCUCCCACGACCUGGAGACAGCACUGAGGCGGCUGUCCCUCCGCCGGGAAAACUACCUGUCGGAGAGGAAGUUCUUUGAGGAGGAGCAGGAAAGGAAGCUCAGGGAGCUGGCGGAGAAGGGCGAGCUGCUCAGUGGGGGCUCCCUCACGCCCACCGAGAGCAUCAUGUCCCUGGGCACGCACUCCCGCUUCUCUGAGUUCACCGGCUUCUCGGGCAUGUCCUUCAGCAGCCGCUCCUACCUGCCUGAGAAACUCCAGAUUGUGAAGCCACUGGAAGGUUCUGCCACCCUUCACCACUGGCAGCAGCUGGCCCAGCCUCACCUUGGGGGCAUCCUGGACCCCCGGCCCGGCGUGGUCACCAAGGGCUUCCGGACACUGGAUGUUGACCUGGAUGAAGUGUACUGCCUUAACGACUUUGAAGAAGACGACACAGGUGACCACAUUUCCCUCCCGGGCCUAGCUACCUCCACGCCAGUGCAGCACCCAGAGACCUCAGCACACCACCCUGGGAAGUGCAUGUCACAGACCAACUCCACCUUCACCUUCACCACCUGUCGCAUCCUGCAUCCUUCGGACGAGCUCACGCGGGUCACGCCAAGCCUUAACUCGGCCCCAACUCCAGCUUGUGGCAGCGCCAGCCACUUGAAGUCCACACCCGUGGCCACGCCGUGCACUCCCCGGAGACUGAGCCUGGCCGAGUCCUUCACCAACAUCCGCGAGUCCACAACCACCAUGAGCACGUCCCUGGGGCUCGUGUGGCUGCUGAAGGAACGGGGCAUCUCCGCGGCCGUGUAUGACCCCCAGAGCUGGGACAGGGCCGGCCGGGGCUCCCUCCUGCACUCCCACACCCCCAGGAUGGCCGUGAUCCCCUCCACCCCGCCCAACUCGCCCAUGCAGACGCCCACGUCUUCCCCGCCCUCCUUUGAGUUCAAGUGCACGAGCCCUCCCUAUGACAACUUCCUGGCUUCCAAGCCGGCCAGCUCCAUCCUGAGGGAGGUGAGGGAGAAGAAGAGCGUCCGCAGCAGUGAGAGUCAGACAGACGUGUCUGUCUCCAACCUCAACCUCGUGGACAAAGUCAGGAGGUUUGGCGUGGCCAAAGUGGUGAACUCAGGGCGAGCCCACGUCCCCACCUUGACUGAGGACCAGGGACCUCUCCUCUGCGGGCCCCCCGGCCCAACACAGGCCCUUGUCCCUGGCGGUCUGGGACCCGAGGGUCUGCCGCUCGGAUGCCCCACUGUCACGAGUGCCAUUGGCGGGCUACAGCUCAACAGUGGCAUCCGACGGAAUCGCAGCUUCCCCACCAUGGUGGGCUCCAGCAUGCAGAUGAAGGCCCCUGUGACUCUCACCUCGGGCAUCUUGAUGGGUGCUAAGCUCCCCAAACAAACUAGCCUGCGGUGAGGGUGGGAGGGGGGCCCUUCCUCGGAGGAGACCAAUCUUGCCCUGCCUCCCUCACUUCCCCCUGCACUGCAUUCUCUCCCUCUUCCCUCCUCGACCAUCCCCUCCCAGCUAGACAAAUCAACCUCGUGCCUAAGGGGGGGAGAGUGGAGACUUUGUAAAGUGUGUACAUAGGACUUGGAGGCCUGUAUCUGACCUGCCCUUUCUUCAGAUCCCACGGGAAAUGCCCAGCAUGGUCCUUGCUCUCAUGAGGACUUCACCUGUGCUCACCUGGGGGCAGGGCAGGCAGGUGUCCUUUUCUCCCUCUGUCCUUUGAGAGGCACUGAAACUCCCCAGGGCAUUCUUAUCCCAUGGAUAGGAAACCAGGGGGAUCGUGGCUGGCAGCCAGGGUGCACAUCGUGGGCUGUAGCGCGGCCCGGGGCACAACCCCCCUCCCCUGCCCGUAUCACUGGGUUCCUUGCCUCGCCCGCACUGUAAGAGCGUAAGGGACCUCUGUCCACAGCCUCGUGCAGCUGCCGUAGCUUUCAGGACUGGAGAGCUGCUCUUUCUUACGGGUGGUCCAGCUUCUUCAAGACCUUCCUUACUCUGCCUCAGUGGAUGGUCGCUUCUUCCUGAAGUGUGACUUCUUUCUUUGCCUUCAACCUGAGGUCAUCCUGCAGUGUUUUGCAAUCAGCUGUCAGCCCAGACACCUGACCUGAAAGAACGUGUUUACACUCCCGCUGAACUGUCCCGCAGCCCCUGUGGGCUGUGUGUGCCCUGUUUUAUUUUUCUAUGUUUUAUAGGCAGGGCAGUAAUCGUACUAGAUGGGAAGUCACAGCGUAUGUUCUCUCUGUGGUUCUGACACCAAAAUACAAGCAGCAAACACAACCGAGCCGCUAAGGAGAUAGCAGUUUAUUUCUGGGGCCCAGUGGCACAGCCAAGUUGAGUAAGACCAGACCCAAGAUAACUUCAACGACAGCAUUAAGAGGAAGGGGGACAGGGGAAAAGGUUGAGAAUGAAAUGUCUUAACAGUCAAAGGAAAAAAAACCACAGCCCAACGUAACAACGCCCAACUGGUUCACGGGAGAAACGAGGCUUUGGCCUUCCGCUGGGUCCGGUCCUGACUCCAGACCCCGAGUCUGGUCCACACGCUUUCUCUUCCGUGGUCUCUCGUGGCAGCCAUGCAAAGCCCCCACGUUUUGCCCUCUAGUUUUAGAACAGAGCAGUCACACAAGCUAUUUCCUUCCCCUCAAAGCCUCCCAGGGCCACUUUUUAUCCUUAGGGAAAGAGAGAGGCGCUCGUGAGACGAACACAGAUGAGCAAGGGGGCCCAGCCCGGUUGCUGUUGUCGAACUCAGUUUUGAACUUUUAUUUAUUAUUUAUGUGUGCUGUACUUCGAACAAACAUCCUCUCUCCAGCUCCAGCCACAGCGUGUCUGUGGCAUUCCAGCCUCAGCGGAUCAUUUAUUUAUUCUAACCCGAAGACUGCAUUGGACAUCGCAGCGUUCUGUGGCCGCUUGCUCCCAGCAUCGAUGGAAGGGUACCAUCCCGUGCACAUGAAAUCGCCGUUUGGCGUCCCCCAUUCCCCGCCCCCCGGGCCAAGGACGUGUCCUUCAAUGGAGGGAGUAUGACCUUAUGUCUACCGAAGACACUUUAAGGAAGUCCCUGGGAGGGAGCCUCACUCCCACUACUUCAGACGAUUUAUUCUGUGAACACGAGGGUGUUGGUCCAUUAUGUUUUCAACACUCCUUGUGGUUGCCAGUGUGCACUCGCUGCAAGGAGCGUGUAACUUUUUAUUUGAAUGUAUUUUAAAGCAGUAGGUAGCUUAACAAAGAAACAUGGAAACCAUGGAUUGAAUGGACCACUUGUGUUCAGAGAGGAGCCUCCCAUCAUCACAAAGGAAAUACCAGUGUACAAAUCAGCAAUUCGGAGAUUGCAGUAUUUAGCAUAGUAAAUAAAUGAUCAACAUCGGGCAACCACUAUCAAAAAGUGUGUUGUAAUGCAUCAAAAAUCAACAAUAAAAAUUUUAUUUGCUAAUGAAUAUCAAUAAAAUAAGUUCAAAUGAUGGAA